AUUUAUACAAUGAAAAGAAUUAUAUUAGUCAUAAGCGCAAGGUUUUGUCUAGAAUUAUAUUAAAAUCUUCCCGAAAGCCACGUAAUAACAAGAAAAAUCCUAUAUAAAUAUAUUAUGCUUCCUCUUAGAAUUCUCCAGCGGUAGGGAGUGCCCCUAAUCCCCUGUUCUUGAUAUGCUUUGAUUGUGAUUCUUCUCUUCUCUCCUUGUUUUUUGGAGCAAGCUAUAUUAGCAGGCAGCAUUACCCAAUUGCCAACAUAUCAACCAUGAAAGGAUCAUCAGGUGAGGCCGUGCCCUGUGCAUCUCUAAGGUCACUGUCCAGCAAAGUGGGGAACAUCCUCUGCUGCUGUGGUAGUAAUACUAAUAGCCCACACAAGAAGAAGUACAAGAGAUUGGACUCAAAGCUUGAGACAAAAAUGGCAGAACUGAAGAGAAGAAAUACUGUCAGAAAUUUCACUUCCAUUAACAGCAUAAUCCUGAGGUUCCCCCAGUUCAGGGAGGCGCUGAAGACCAUCGGGACCGUUUUCGAACAAUUCGAUGAAGACUCGAACGGGACGAUCGACAGGCAGGAACUGAGGAAGUGCUUAGAAAAGCUUCAGCUUCAGAUGACGGAUAAGGAUGUUGAUGAUCUGUUUCAUUCAUGUGACAUGGAUGGGACAGAAGGCAUUCAGUUCAAGGAGUACAUUGUGCUCCUCUGCCUCAUCCAUCUCUUGAAGGAUCCUUCCCCCUCUGCCUCCCAAGGUCCUAGGAUGGGUUCACUGCAGCUCGAGGCAACUUUCGAUGCUAUCAUCGAAGCGUUCUUGUUUCUGGACAAGAAUGGGGAUGGAAAGCUUAACAAGAAAGAUUUGAUUAAAUCGUUGGACGAUCCGUCGCCUUGGGAGAAGUCCCCGGCAUAUGUUGCCAUGAGCAGAUUCAAAGAGAUGGACUGGGACAGAAACGGGAAUGUAAGCUUCAGGGAGUUCCUCUUUGCGCUCGUUGAUUGGGUCGGUCUCGACAUAGAAGAUGAUAUCCCUAUCGCCGAAACUUAAAUGCUGAGGGCCUUUGCCGAUGCUGAAGAUCUCUU